UCUUGCUCCCGCCUUCGCUCGCUUCCGGUAGUCACCGUUGCCGCUGCUGCCGCUGCUGCUGUGCUGCUGCUGAGGCUGCGGGCAGAGGCCGGAGGACCGGGCAGCGGCGGCGGCGGCGGCGGGAGCGCAGCGGGACGACCGAGCGAGAGCCGGCGAGUUGAGGGCCGAGCGCGCUCUUCCGCCCGCUCGAGGAGCCAGAGCCUCCCGGGCCCCGCCGCCGCCGCCGCUGCACAAAGCCGCGAGCCCGCGCCUGAGCCAUGUCCGCGUCGGCAGGCGGCGGCCACCAGCCCAGCCAGAGCCGCGCCAUCCCCACGCGUACCGUGGCCAUCAGCGACGCCGCGCAGCUACCUCAGGACUACUGUACCACGCCCGGGGGGACUCUGUUCUCCACCACGCCGGGAGGAACACGAAUCAUUUAUGACCGAAAGUUUCUGUUGGAUCGUCGCAAUUCUCCCAUGGCACAGACCCCGCCUUGCCAUCUGCCCAAUAUCCCUGGAGUCACCAGCCCUGGCACCUUAAUUGAAGACUCCAAAGUAGAAGUGAACAACUUGAACAACCUGAACAAUCAUGACAGGAAGCAUACAGUUGGGGAUGAGGCGCAAUUUGAAAUGGACAUCUGACUGCAGCAGAGUGGAAGGAGGCUGUGGGGCAGCAGCCCGUGUGACCUGACUGGGCCAGCAGGAACGCAGUGACCAAGAAACAGCACUUCCCCUCCCUCCCUCUGGGUGCCAAACGGUGGGAGCUCGACUGGCCAUAUCUCCCCUGCCCCUGCCCCUGCCCCCGCCCAGUUAAGGUUAGGAUGAAAGCCCGUGAUUAGUCUGUGGAGCUGAACAAUUGGUCCUUAGAGGAAAGCAAUCCCUGUAGCUUCCCUGGUCAUUUCCGAAGAGUCUUCCUGCCCCCUUCAGAUUUGCCCCAAAUCCAGGGACUCUCUAAGAAGCACCUCUGCUGGGGUGGCUGGAGAGGGAAGGAGGUUGGGUGCCCAUUGCUCCUGUGCAAUCUCCCAUUGGUGCGUCAGUGCUGGAUGUAAGAUCUUUAAACCAUUGGGAGACGGUAAAACAAAAUGAGCUGCUUGCCCUGUUCCGGGAGAUGUUUGUCCUCUGAACUAGAGCUCAGCUCUAUACCUCCUGCACCCCCACACACACACUGCAUUUCGGGGGCAUGUGGCAUCAGCCUCCCUUUCCUCUGGGAGGAAGGCUUCUGUCCUGGGGGUGAUACUCAUCUCCCCAGCCCUUUACCUAAUUCAUUGGCACGGGUAUUUUUUAAGCCCUCUCCCUGGAGAGACCCCUGGGUGAUCAGCUGGUCUUUGUGUCUACCAUUCUUCCUAUCUGCACCGUGCAGGCAGAGUCCUCUUCUCGCUGAGACACCGUGACUUGUCUGCUUGCAGAGCAGGCAUUUGAAAUGCUUUGGCCCCACCUGCUGGGUCCAGCCUGAGAAUGCCUAACCGGCCAGCCUCAGCAGUCACGGUUUCCACCCGGCGACCUUAGCAGCUUCGCUGUGCUGCAGCUUACUAUAUUUUGAGUUUAAAGUUGGUCCUCCCGGCCCCUGUACGUCCCCCUCCUUUGAAUCUGCUUUGUGCUUGGCUGCCAAGAGAGAGGUAUGGGCUACAAAAGUGUGUUCCUCCCCGACUCCUUACCCUCCUCAUUGUAGUCCAUCCUUCCUUCUUCCUGUCCUCUUCUCUCCUUCCCUUUUCCCUCACUCUCCUUCCGGUUCAUCCACCCGGCAUUUUCCAAAUCUGCGUCAAAGAUACCUCCCAUGUUGGUAUCUGAGAAUAUCUGUCUCUUCUCUUAUCAGAGGAGGGACCUUUUAUUUUUAAGAUGACUACAGACCUAUUUUUAGAUAAGUUUUCAGUACAAUUUUGAACUGCAACUUUUUUAACGAAAACAUCUUCCAGUAUUAGGAAGGUUAUUAAAAAAAUGUUUCUAGGCAAGUCUGCUGUCUUCACUGUCCUUUGUCCCUCAUAGCUCCUUCUGAGUGCUUCCCUGUGCUCUCACGUUUGGGUGGCUGUUAGAGUGUAGCGUGGAUGGUUUGGGAGACUGGACCAGUCUGCCUUGCCAUGAGUUGUGGACGAAAACUUCAUCCUUUCCUUUACCUUUUGCUCUCUUGCUCCUCCUCCCGUGCCACUCUCCUGGUACUGUGGACCCACGUGGAGAUCCCAGGAGAGAGGCCCCCACCGUGGACAGGCUGAUGGUCCUCCUAAAGAAAGACAGGGAAGCAGCCACUGGUGUCCUGGUUGUUUCUGGUUGUAUUGGAUGCCUAUCUAAGCCCUCUUAGUAAGAUUUCAGAUCCCCGUUGUCUGGGAAAGAAGGCUGUGUGUUUUUCCUUUGAAGCGUGGAAAGACCCUGUUUGGUGAAGACUUUAGGAAAAGGAAGGAAGGACAUCUGCAGAACUUGGUUCUGCUGCACAAUGUGAAUAGCUCGGACUGCAACCCUCCGUGACGGUCGCUGUCUCAGGAAUAAGCUGGGUCUCCAAUGUUUGGGGAUUCUUGGAGUCUCCAAGUUGAUAAUCAGAAGACUUUUAUUUCUUUGUUAAAUGUAUCUGUUGUGUUUUUAAUUAAACUCCAAAUUUCAUUUUA